AUGGGAGGUGCACAAUCUAAUCUGCCUCCUCGUCCUUUAGGUUUUGAAUAUUUCUGUAUUGCUAUUCGAUCGUCAGACAAAGUUCGCGUUAUCCUCGGAACGGAUUACGAAGUCAAUAUUAUUCGACAGGCCAUACAAGAAUCAUGGCCGCCCGGUAUACAAAACGAAUCUUUCCAACUCAAUGGUGUACACGAAUUCAAACUGAACGGACGCCCUUUUUUGCUGAACAUUUCCUUCGGCGAUGCUGUCAUGUCCAGGAGAAUGGCGGGGAAUAUUUUGCACGGACUGUACCGGGUUGGGUGGAGGCUGAUUAUGUCUAGCGACUUAACUAGGACAACAGAAUUGACCACUUGGGUGUUCAAGAAAGUUCCCGUGGCAGUGGUAUCUUCUUACCCGUUUAUGGUAGUGGGAUUGAGCAGUACUGACAGUUUUAUGAUUCUGAAUGCACCGACUCAACUGCACCAAACAUUCAAGGACGUAAUCGGGAAAUCUUGGCCCCCGGGGAUACAGAAUUGGUCUCUUGAGAAUGGUGUAUUGUUGAUCAAAUUGAGAGGUACCCCCUGGCGACCAGAUGGUGAGGAAACCGUGAAUUCGAGAGUCCUUUUGCAAACCCUUGUGAGUGAUCUUCUCCCAAAACAAUGGAAUUUAUAUGGUAAUUCUAAUCUCAAAAGCAACACCAACACGCUGUUCUUUGAACAUGACCCCAACAUCAUGCUUGGGCAAUAUUCUGUCAAUCACUUCAUCAUAAGCCUCAACAAACAUGACACCCUAAGGCUGAUAGGCGUUCCAGACAACUUGAACUUUGCCAUCCGUGACACUAUCCAGACCAGCUGGUUAAGAGGAAUCCAAGGUGAAUCGUGCUACUUUGGCAGCUGGGAGUUCAAACUAAGAGGGAACCCAUGGUGGGCUUCAGGAGAAGAGGCAGUAGACUCCAGGUAUCUGAUAUUAAAGAUGAUUGAAACCCUACAGGCUUAUGGAUGGAGCAUCAUUGCAAGUAUUGCCAGCUCAAGGAAACUGUCAGAUAAAAGUGCCCUACUUUUCAGACAGACACAACCAAGACAGAUGCCUGUUUUCUGUCUGAGUUUGAAUGAGACCGACAAGCUGCGGCUGAUUAAUGCACCAGAGGAUAUCACCAAGGUAAAAAAAAGUGAAAAACAAAAAGAGUAAAACCUGUAUUACAGGGAAACCAGAUGUUCUUUUGAGCACUGCUUAGUGAUACUGUAAACUAACUAUUAUUACCCCCCCCCCCCCCUACAUCAAUUAUACAUGACUAUGGUAUUGUUAUGCAAGGUUGAUGUUUUAAUUGGCGGUUUGCUCAGAGGUAAUUGAAAGUUCAAAUUGCACCUUGUCUCAGGGUGGGUGUUUUAUUGUAGUUAUCUUAGGUCACUUCGGAAAAAAAACCUCAAGUGCCUUGAUAAUAUUAGUAAGCAGACUAAGCCUUGUAGGCACAGAAUUAUAUGCUGUUCACUUAUAUUUGUUGGAAUGGUGCAUUGUAAUUCAAGGUAAUAUACCAGCAAUAUUUUCUAUCAACAGGAAAUAUAUGCAUGUUUGAAAUAUAUUUUUUUACAGUUUAUUUUCUAGGCCUAGACUCUCAUUUUUGUACAUCUCCAAAAAUGGAAUAAUACUUUAUUCUUUUUUCAAACUAUUUUUCAGGUAUGUCAAAAUGUAAUUCAAAGCCAGUAUGUUCUUGGAGUUCAGAGAAUACAGCGUUAUGGCAACAGCCUUGAGUUCAAACUUCUUGGUAACCCAUGGAACUGUGGCAUAGACGGUCAUGAUGGACUUCAUGGCAGAAGUCUGAUAUGCCAUUUAAUUAAUGCUCUAGCAAGCCGCAGUUGGAGGCCGGUCACUUCAGCAGACGUGUCGGCGAAAUAUGUCCAUCAGGAUAAGGGUGCUGAUUAUCCCAUUGAUGUUGACAGUAUAUUCUUUGCACAUGACCCCACACCGGUUCAGCCAUCAGCGCCACCUCCAGUGCCUUAUUUUCAGUCAUAUUCCCAGCCUUAUGGUCCCCCACCAUCUUAUGGUUCUGUGCAGUAUGAUAACCCUCCUCCGUAUGAUCCACCAGCUUAUGGAGGAUUUGCUAUGCAGUAGUAAGGCUUAAACCCUUUA